AUGGAAUUAUUACCAGAGGGUAAAAAAAAUACAGUAACAGUCACCUAUGAGGAUCAACAAAAAAUCAAUGAAUUUUCCAAGUUGAUCAUGCGUAAGGAUAAUUUGGAAAAAAAAUUAUCCAAAGAACGUCAAGAAAAGGAAUAUUUAGAUGAUGUCUCUUUAGAAAUAGAAUUGGUCGAUGAAGAAGAAUUAAUCAAUUAUAAAAUAGGUGAAUUAUUCAUAAUGUUAAAGCAAGAAAAAGUCGUUUCUUUGUUAGAAAAGGAUAUGGCACAAGUCGAAGAAUCCAUAGAUUCUUUGGAGAAUAACUUGUCCGAUCUAGAUACAAAAAUAAAAGGUUUAAAGACAGAUCUGUACGUCAAAUUCGGCGAUAACAUCAACCUAGAACGUUAA